GUAACAGGAGACAACGUUCAUUCCUUGUGUCUCUUGGAUUUCUCCAAUAAUGGACAGAACGAGCUGGUUGUUGGCUCGGAGGACUUUGACAUUAGAGUGUUUCAGGAGGAUGAGAUCAUCGCAGAGAUGACCGAGACAGAUGUAAGACUCGUUAUAUUGUCAGUUCCCUGUGCUCAUUGUCUGGUGCACAGUUUGGCUAUGGUCUGGCUAAUGGGAACCCUGGGCGUCUAUAACAGAUCUUCCCGAAACUGGAGAAUCAAAUCAAAGAAUCGUGCAGUUGCUAUCCAUGGAUACGAUCUGGAUAAUGAUGGUGUUCCCGAGCUCAUCACUGGAUGGAGUAAUGGAAAGGUGGAUGCAAGGAAUGACAGAUCUGGCGAGGUCAUCUUCAAGGCAAACUUCAAUCAUGGGAUUGCUGGAAUCGUUGAGGCUGACUACUCAGUGGACUCUCACACAUCUGGAAAUCACUUACUGUGUGUGUCAGUCGAAGGUGAAGUUAGAGGCUACAGCCCUGCUACAGGAGGUCCUGGAUCAGAUCUACUGGAUUCCAACAUUGAACAAGAUACAAUCAGAGAGCUGAGUCAAAGGAAGCAAAACUUAGUGCUGGAGCUGAAAAAUUAUGCUGAGAAUUCUAAACUGGCAAUGCUUGGAGCAUCUUUUGCUAUAGAUGGCAGUAAAUCUGGCCAGAGUAUUGCAUCAUCAGGGAGUGUACCAUUUCAAGGUCUCAGGGGGUUGCAGCCUGAUGGAUCGGCAAGUGGGUUUGAUACAUCUGGGGGCAGCGGCGGAGAUGGACCCAGUUUGGGAGGUCCAGGGGGUCAGAUGGGUUUGAUGAACCGCUCUGGGCUUGCUGGCCACUCGCUGGGUGGAUUGUCGCAGAGUGGAGGUGUGCAGAACUAUACACUGGGCCUGGGCAAGACAGACUUGAAUAAAAGCAGUAUGGGUGUCAUACCAGCCAACACACAGCUGCAGACUACGCUGUCUGUCAAUCCUGGCAACCAGACUGUUCAACCUCAUGUUGAACUCUUCAUCAGUACUACCAAUGAUACUAUCAUCAGAGCGGUGAUCAUAUUUGCAGAAGGCAUCUUUGAUGGAGAAAGUCAUGUUGUGCACCCAAAUGGACAGACCUUAGGUUCUUCAUUGAAAGUUCCUAUAAUUCCCCCAAAGGAUAUCCCAGUGGAUUUACAUAUCAAAUCAUUGAUUGGGCAGAGAUCAAGCUCACAGUUCCAUGUUUUUGAGUUAACUCGCCAGCUGCCACGAUUUUCACUGUACACCCAGAUCAGCAAUGACCUUCCAGACCCAAAGGGCUGCGUGCAUUUUAAUCCUAAUGAGAGGCCACAGAGGAUGGUAAUGUGGGUCAACCAGAACUUCCUUCUCCAGGAUGACAUAGUUAGUGACGGAGAUCUCAAAGUCACAUUCAUGUCUUUAAGAACCCAAAAAACCUUGAGACUACGCAUGUCCCUCGCUGGGGAUAUCAUCCAGUCGCUGGCACAGUUCCUGAACAUUGAUGAUCUCCUGACUGUUGCUGAUUUCCCAGACGAGCUAGAAAAUCUGCGGCAGAUUUUAGUCAAGGUCGAUGACCUGCAUCGUGUCAGGACCAAGUUGACCGCCGAGAUGGCUGAUCAUUCCAACCUUAUCCGUGGCAUGGUAGUUCGAGCUGAAGAUGCCAGAAUCAUGGGAGAUAUGAAAAGCAUGCGGAAGGGUUAUAUAGAACUAUAUGACCUUAACCGGGACCUGAUAGCUGGGUACAACAUCCGCUGCAACAACCAUCAGGAGUUGGUGGCGUGCUUGAAGCAGGUCAACCAGAUAAUACAGAAGGCUGGUCGUGUCAGAGUUGGGAAAUUUAAAACACAGGUUAUCAACUCCUGUAGAACAGCGAUCAAAACCAACAAUACAUCCUCUCUGUUUAAAAUCAUCCAGACAGGACUAGCUUGA